UUUUUAUUUUGAUUCAUGUUUCUCGGACUGGGUGAGAAAGAGAAAAACACACGACAAAACAGCGAAUUUAUCGAACGGGAGACAUCGUUUAUGUUAAACGACAAACCAUGAACCGAAUUAGAACCUAAACCGUAUCGAUCGGUUGUGCGAUUAAUUUGAAUCUACCGCAUUGCUGUGGUGGAUCGAUCUAUUCCUGAGACCUUGUGUGUUAGCCGGAAAGACGUCGUGCGGUGCAUUGCAGAUUUCAAGUAGUGAUAAACAAAUCAAUCAAUUUGCUUAGGUUGGUACUACAUAAUAGGGAAAGUAUGUCACUUUCCACGUUGUAUAAGCGUGCCCUUGUAAAGUACCCGAUUCUGGUGCAAUCUGUGCAGUCGGGAAUUCUAAUGGGAUCAGGCGACAUAAUUGCGCAGACGCUGAUUGAAAAACGUAAACUUACCGGUAUCGAUGGUAUGCGAGCCUUCCGAUUUUUUGGCAUUGGAUUUUGUAUGGGCGGUCCAGGUCUGCGGAAAUGGUACGGUGUAUUGGAUAAACGAAUCACGGGAAGCAACAAGACGCUCAACACAUUUAAAAAGGUAGCUCUGGAUCAGCUACUAUUCGCCCCGGUCUUCCUGGGUUUGCUAAUUGGUACGAUCGGUGUGCUGCAAGGUCAUAACCGAGAAGAGAUUGAACGAAAGUUGAAAAACGAGUAUACUGACAUUUUGCUGACAAACUACUAUAUCUGGCCGUGGGUCCAGUUGACCAAUUUUUAUCUUGUGCCACUCAACUAUCAAGUGCUGGUAGUCCAGUUUGUAGCUGUUUUCUGGAACACAUAUCUGUCAUGGAAAACUAACUGUAACGAAACCGCCAAGGUGAUUGCCAUUAAAUCGGACGUGGUUGGUGGGGAAGAUGCAGACGGAAACGCUCACUGAAGGCAAAUAUCUUAAAAUUACAAUAUAGUUCACUCUCGAAUUUCCCAUAUAUUCCCGUGAAGACAGACAGGGAACACCCCCUCUUGUGGUGAAAAAGGUAACUAAACUUAUUGCACAGUGGUACAGUAAGGCAAUUUAGGCGGACAUAGGCUUUUCGUUGCGAUUUUGGUUUGCGGUUUAAAGCCAUAGUGUUUGUGAAAAGUUGUUUCUUAUACAUAGUCCUCUAUUCAUGUGAGAAUGAAAAUUAGGGUGGUCCCAAAAUCAACGAAAUAAAACAUUCUUUGGCAAACAUGUAGACCAACUAAUUCUAAGUAACUUUGUUAAAAAAACUUUUUUGUAGACAUGAAAUUUGGUUUCCAAAAACAGUCUUUUCGCUCUGUUUUUUUCAAUUCAAAUUUAAAAACAAAGUUUUCUUCGGUAACUUUAAUAAAAAAUACGCCAAUUUUGACGAAAAAACAUUGUCGAUAUAUUAUACAGAUGAAAAGUUUUCACUAUUUCUGUUUUAAAAAUAGGCCCUUUUGAUAUAUUGAUGUCUCCGUUUAGGGCAAACAUAAAUAAUAUUUUUUGGUAUCAUUUGAUAGAACAAAUAUUGUAUAAAUAUUGUGAAGAAAUACAGAAAGUUGCUUAAAAUUAGUUGAUCUACAACUGUGCCGAUGAAUGUAUACAUUUAUUUAUGCAAAUAAAAAGUUAGUUUUUUCAUUUAGUCGAUUUCAGGACCACCCUAAUUUUCAUUUGCACAUAAAAAAUAGACUAAAUAUAAGAAACAAGUUCUUAGAAAAAAAUUUUACUCUAAAACCACAAAAUCACAUCGAAAAACUCGUGUCCGCCUACAUUGCCUUACUGUACCACUGUGCAUUGUUGUUGAAUUUCUGUGAGCGUGUGACAUUUUCACACACGAAACUGAAUUUACUCAAUUUUAGAUUUAGUUGACUCAAUUUCAUACUUUCACAGAAAAAAAUAUGUUGCAGAUUUCGUGCGUAUAUUGUUUGUAUGUAAAACUAACGCCAUUCCGGGAGUUAAAUAUUGAUAAUAUAAUAGAUGUAGCUUAUCGAGGCACGAAGAAGAAAUAUUCAAAUAAUCAGGCCACGACGUGUAAAUGGUAAACUAAUCCCAAGUUGCUAUAUACGUUGCUAUUACGUUGCAUGCAUUGCAAGUUGCUAUAUACGGUUCCCUGUGUAACUUCACUAGUUCAGAUCCAUCACGGGAAGCAACUACGAAAUGUGCGGCCGUCAAGCUCAAGCUCAAUAAUCAGGCCACGAAGUGUACAAUUAAAUGAAUAUUUCAAUUACCUCGUGAAAAAGAUAAAAGGAGAAACCGCACAAUGGUUGUCAAUAGUCGUAUAUGGUUGUUGUGCAACUUUUAGCUUAGAUAACACUUGAAUGUUCUAUCAAUUUAACAAUUUAAGUAUGGAUACAUAUCAUGUUGUAAUUGGUUUAAAAGCUUUAUUAUAUUAUAUAUAAAAGAUAUUCAACAAAACAAACAUAAUUAGUGAUAACAACUGUUAUGCAAAAACUAUUAUUUAAUGUUUAGUUUUCUUCGUUUUGAAAGUAUUUUUUGUUUUUUUUUAUCCCUCCGAAUUUUUUGCUCUCGAGUUCUAAUCUUCGUAUUCAUCACUUGCAGCUUUGCUUUAACCAGCAUAUUUAUGUAUUUACUAGCUGACCCGGCAAACUUCGUCCCGCCUAUUUUUCUGUUUAAUUCAAUAAUUUUCAACAUUCCAAAUUCAUUGAUUUCUUGCGAUUUGUUUAUAUCGUUUGAAAUUAUUGGUUUUAUCGGAAUGACAACAUCCUCGACUUUUGCCUUUAGUACAUCACCUCUAUUCCGAAAACACUCAUAUUGGGUGGUAUUCAGUUAUUUUCGUUGUUUUCCAGAAACUGAAAGUGGUCAUCUUCGAAUUCAAUAUGGUGUCCAGGGUCAAUGCUUGGCUUCUAUACAUUAUUUCGAUUACGGAAAUAUUCAUAUGCAGUAGUAUUCGGCUGUUUCCCAGAAGUUGCCAUCUUACAAUUCAAAAUGGUGUCUGAGGUCAAUUUUUAGCUCCAUGCAUCAUUCUGGUUAAAGAAACACUCAUAUUGGGUGGUAUUUGGUCCCUUUAGGCUAUUUUUUUUGGAGACAAUUUCUGGCCCCUGAGCGUCAUUCUGGUUUAAGAAACACCAAUAAUAGGUGUUAUUUAGUCAUUUUCGGCUGUUCUACAGAAACCAUCUUAGAAUUCAAAAUGUUGUCUGUGGUCGAUUCUAGCUCCUGUGUAUCAUUCUGGUAUCGAAACAUCUCAUAUUGGAAAUCGGCCGGUUGAAGAAAUACCCAUAUUGGGUGUUAUUUGGUUAUUUUCGGCAGUUUCCCAUUCACCGGAAGUCGUCAUUUUACAAUUCAUAAUGUUAUCUGAAGUCGAUUUGUAGCUUCAGUGCAUCAUAACAAUCCCGGAAAUACCCAUAAUGAGUGUUAUUUGGUCUUUUGCUACUGUUGUUUAGGAACCGGAAGUCGCCAUAUUGGAUUUCAAAAUGGCAUUUGGAGACAAUUUCUGGCCUCUGAGCAUCAUUCUGGUUAAAGAAACACCCAUAUUUGGUUGUUUUUGGGUCAUUUUCGGCAGUUUUCCAGUCACCAAAAGUCGCCAAUUUACUACUCAAAAUGUUGUCUGAGGUCGAUUUGUGGUUUCAGUGCAUCAUCACGAUUUCGGAAAUACCCAUAUUGGAUGGUAUUUGGUCAUAUCUCGCUGCUUCUCGGAAACCGGAAGUCGCCAUCUUGGAUUUCAAAAUGGUAUUCAGAGACAAUUUCUGGCCUCUGAGCGUCAUUCUAGUUAAAGAAACAUCCAUAUUGGUGGUAUUUGGUCAUUUUCCUCUUUUUUCCAAUCACUGGAAGUCGCCAUCUUACAAUUCAAAAUUUUGUCUGAUUUUCCAAAAACCGGAAGUCGCCAUCUUGGACAGCAUUUCGAGACAAUUUCUAGCCUCUGAGCGUCAUUCUGGUUAAAAAAAAAACACCCAUAUUAGGGGGUAUUUGGUCAUUUUCGGCAGUUUCCCAGUCACCGGAAGUCGCCAUUUUACAACUCAAAAUAUUGUCGGAGGUCGUACAAACCGUGGAACACAACCCAUGGAUUGCCUUAUGCAUAGGCGAACUUUAUUAUUAUAAAAUAUUCGGCCGAGUCCCCUUCACAAUUAAAUGUGAAUUUUUUUCAGUGUACCCAUUAGGGUAAUAUUAUUGUCAAAAGUGAAUCUAUUUCGCAUGUCGUGUAGAACAAAAUCAGAAGUGGCGCACCUAGCGGUCGAAAAGGUGACUAACGCUUCUGUCAUUUUUAAUUUGUCUUCAUAAUUUCACGUAAGUGAACUAUAUUGGUAUUUAAUAUAUUUGCUGAAGGUGUCCUUUUGGUUUGAUGAACAGAAAAAGGGCGUUCUAAUGUGAUACUAAACAAUUAGGUUAUAAAUGUAGUGCCUAAACCAAGUUGGAGUUUAUGCAAAUACAAUUUUAACUUUCAGUAGUUGAGUAAUAA